AGUUUCUUGAUAAUGGCCAAUAUCUCGUUUUAUGUGCCCAAAUAGAACAAUCAGAAUUUCUUUCUCAAUCAUUAUAUAUUGAGAUUGAUAUGUCAUUUAAAAGAAUUCACGGCGCGACAAAUGAGUGGGAAAUUUGUGCAUACAUUUAUCAUUAUCAAAAAGCAUAUCAAUAUUUAUUCGAAGAUUUAUUCGAUAUUGUCAAAAAAGAUAUGCAAAAGCCUUUUGAAUUUCAACACAUUCAUGCCCGUGAAUUAGGCUAUAUAAUAGCAGACAAACAUCAAGGACAAGUACUUG